AUGCUGAAAGCCGUGGUCCUCAUCGGCGGCCCCCAAAAAGGUGAGAGCCGCCAGCAAUCCUAAAGCGGCCGGCCGAGCUUUGCUUCCCUCCCGCCCGGCGCACCUGCCCAUCGGAGCAGACCCGCCGCCCCUCCCUUGCCCCACCUGCGGCGCCCAUGGGGGUCAGGCGGAGGGACGUGGCCUCUGUCUCGAGGGGCGGGGGAGCCGAGUCUAAGGUCAGGGAGAGAAGUGGGGGGCAGGCUUUCCUCCUGGAAGCCGGUUCCCCACAUGCUGUGGGUGUGCGAGAGGGAGUUGACUAUGUCGUCAGACCUGGGAGACCUGUUAUCGAAUUUCCAUGCAGCUCACUGGGUGACCUUGGUCCAGUCACUUGCUAACCUACCCCACAGGGUUGUUGUGAGGAUAAAAUGGAGAGGGAGGGAACCAUGGAUGCUGUCUUGAUUUCCCUGGCGGAAAGGUGGGAUAGUAACUCGGUGAGGGACUGACACCCUGUGUGUGUUCAGAAGCCUGCUUGUUCCUUAUCCCUUCCUGUAUGUGAAGGGUGAAUUCUACCCUGCUCUCACAUGAAUAUGCCUUCUCUGCCCCUCCUCUGGCCCACCUGGUGUCGCUCCCAUUCCUCAGCCUUGGCUUCAGUCGUCUGCUGCUCUUCAGGAGCCUCAGAGUGACAUUGGCUUCCCUUGUUCCUCUUCUGGUGGCAGCCAUUCCUCUCAAGGCAGCCCACGAUUUGUGUGCCUCCUGGCUCAUUUGUGAAUUUGGUGAGCGACAGCCUACAAUUCUGUGGUAACCUUUUCUCUUGCAGGGACCCGCUUCCGGCCGUUGUCCUUUGAGGUGCCCAAGCCCUUGUUCCCUGUGGCAGGAGUGCCUAUGAUACAGCACCACAUUGAGGCAUGCACUAAGGUAUGGAAGGGGAAUUAAGCUGACACCAUGAGGGGAGGAGUUCAUAAAAACACCAGAGGAGCCCGCUGGAUCAGGCCAGUGGCCCAUCUGGGCCUCUGUCCUCUUCUCCCAGUGGCUGACCAGAUGCCUGUGAGAAGCCUGCAAGAUGGACAUGAGCACAACAGCACUCCGCCCACCUGUGGUUCCCAGCAACUGGUAUUCAGAGGCAUAAUGUCUCUUGACAGGAGAGGCAGAACACAGCCAUUGUGGCUGGGAGUCCUUGAUGCCUUUUCCAUGAAUUUGACUAAUCCUGCCUUAAGGUUGGUGGCUAUUACUGCUUCCUGUGGAAGUGAGCACCGUUGUUUAACUUUUACAAUACGAUAAUCUUUAUUGUGAUGCAUGAAGGACUUUUGUCUGUCUUGAAUCUUCCAACAUUCAGCUUCAUUGGAUGUCUGCAAGUUUUAGUGUUAAAAUAUGUUACAAAAUGUUUCUCUGUCCACUUUCUCCAUGCUGUGCAAACUUUUCUAAACUGAUUUCAAUUCACCUCUUAUUCGCCUUUUCUCUAAAAGAAAAAAAAGGUCCGUAACGCUUCAACCGUUCUUCAUAGGGGAGUUGUUCCACCCCCUUGGUAAUUUGGGUCAUCCUUUUCUGAACCUUUUCUCACUUUAAAAUAUUGCUUUUGAGGUGAGCUGACCAGAACUGUACACAGCAUUCCAACUGUGUUUGCACCAAUAGAUUUGUAUAGUGGCAUUGUGAAACUGACAGGGUUAUUUUCAGUCCAGCAAGUUGCCUUGUGCUCUAACAUGCAAUAAACUGAGCAAGUAAGAAUAUUUUAGUUCUCCUGCUCUUGGCUUCAUAUGCCAACCAGUGGUUGCUCCAUCUUCCUUUCCCUUCUCUGCAGGUGCCCAACAUGAAGGAGAUUCUCCUGAUUGGGUUCUAUCAGCCCAAUGAGGCCCUCAGCCGGUUCCUGGUGUCAGCCCAGCAAGAGUUCAAAAUACCCAUCAGGUGGGUGGUCACAGUGCUGGCUCAGCCACUAGACAUAAUGAGGCGGCCACUUCAGGCAGCUGAUGUUGGGUUGCAUGAAAAGGCAGCAGAUUGUUUGGGUAUUUAAAUGCAUUGAUUUUUUUUUUCAUAAUAAAUGCAGUGGUGGGGAGGCUUUUGCUGAGGAGUGGUGGUGCUUGUGGGGUUUUUCUGCCUCAGGUACCAAAAUAAUUUGCUCAUCCUUGGAUGCUGUGCAACAGGACAGAGGAAGUGAGAUAGAGCCAUUCAGUCUUCUGUCUUAGACAGCAAAAUGCCUUGGGCUGGUGGCACUGCUAAAGAGAGAGGAAGGGGCUCCAUCUUUACAACCUGCCAUUCAGGUCCUGAUUCUGCACAGCCUUUGGAAAAGGGGGGUAUAACUCUGGUAGAGCAUCUGCUUUGCAUGCAGAAGAUCCCAGGUGCAAUCUCUGGCAUCCCUAGAUAGGGCUGGGAGAAACUCUUGCCUGAAACCCUGGGCACUUGCUGCCAGCCAGUGUAGGCAGUAUUACGAUCAAUGGACUAGUGGCCUGACUCUGCCUAAGCCAGCUCUCUGGGUCCCUAUGCACCUGUUGAAACAGCCUGGCGCAUUUGGCCUAGUAGACCUUGGCACAAGCAAUUCCUCCCCCUGCAGUGAAGGGCCUUAGCAGCCUCCUGUUUUGUGUAGGUAUCUGCAGGAAUAUGCUGCGCUUGGCACAGGCGGCGGCAUCUACCACUUCCGGGACCAGAUCCUCUCGGGUAACCCUGAAGCCUUCUUUGUGCUGAAUGCUGACGUCUGCUCCGAAUUCCCUCUGGGCGAGAUGCUCAGCUUCCACCGGCAACUUGGCAAUCCGGACAGCUUCCUCAUGCUGGGCACCACGGUAAUGGCACAGCCCUGGCCUCUCAUGCUGACAGCGCUGUGGGCUUGGAAGGAGGGUGCUGCUUGGCACAGGAUUGUGUUUGGAUUUUGGAUUUGGAUUUGAUAUCCCGCUUUAUCACUACCCUAAGCAGUCUCAAAGCGGCUGACAUUCUCCUUUCCCUUCCUCCCUCACAACAAACACUCUGCGAGGUGAGUGGGGCUGAGAGACUUCAGAGAAGCGUGACUGGCCCAAGGUCACCCAGCAGCUGCAUGUGGAGAAGCAGGGAAUCAAACCCAGUUCACCUGAUUACAAGUCCACUGCACUUAACCACUACACCACACUGACCUUUGGCUCUCUUAAUACUUGCUGGGCUACCACUCCUAUCAUCCCUGACCGCACUGAUUUUGCUGGUGGGAGCUGGAGUUUGGUCGCUGAUGGAGAGGUCCCCCUUCCCUGGCUUGGGAAUGCAGUUUGAGGGCUAGCUGCAGGUUCCUAGCCUUUGUGGGGCAAAAUGGUUGCCUUGCUAGGAUCCCAGUCCCAGUGCUCCUGGCAACCCUGUCCUGCAAAUUCUUCUCUAAUCCCUCUCACCCCCCGUAAUGCUCCUGUGACCAUUUUUCUUUUUUGUCCCUAGGCCAACAGAAAGCAGUCCCUGAACUAUGGCUGCAUUGUGGCGAACACUGAGACGCAUGAGGUAUGUGGAGGUCUGGAGGGAAGACUGGGCAGUAGGCAUGCCCCAGUAGAGAGCUGCUCCACCUGGGAUGAGGAACCUGUGCCUUCCAGAGGCUGUCCGACUACAACUCCCAUCAGCCUUGAGUGUUGGCCAUGCUGGCUGAGGCUGGUGGGAGUUGAAGAGCCAAGACUGUCCACUGUCUCCCCUAUUCCUGUACCCCGUCCAGCACAACCUUCCUGCCUGCUGCUCUCUGGAGCCUGGCUCAAGCAGAGCAAUCCCCAGCACUGGAUGGUGCAAUUCCCAAGACUCUCCCUUCUCUGCCCCACCUACAUGUCCCCUUCCUUCUCCAGGUCCUGCACUACGUGGAGAAGCCCAGCACUUUCGUCAGCGAGCUCAUCAACUGCGGCAUCUACUUGUUCACGCCGGCCAUCUUCCAUCACAUUGGCGCUGUCUUCCAACGGAACCAGCAGGAGCUGCUUCUGUGAGUGUCUUUCUUAGCUGUUCCUUCCUGCUUCCUGGGAGCAACAUCUGGUCACUUAUCAUCUCUCUCUCUUUCUGUUUCUCUUCCCUCUCUCUGUGUCUCUUCCAUCUCCGCUUCGUGCCACCCCUUGCCCACAUUUAGGGGCGCAUGCCUUGGGUAAGUGUCCAUCUCCUCCUACCUCCUGCAUUCCUCAUCUCCCAAGUGCUUUUGUGCUUCUCUGCUCCAUGGGACUUGGGCACUUAGGCUUAGAACUGGCUUUUUGGCUUCCUAGGGAUGGGCAAACCUCUGUGGCCCUCAGGAUGUUGUUGGAUGGACUCCAAUUCCCAACACGUCCAACCACCAGGGAGGGCCAAGGGCCAGAGAUGAUGGGAGUUGUAGUCCAGCCACCUCCAGAGUGCUUCAGGUUCCUCAUCCUCAGUAGCAGAAGGAUCUGCUGUUGCUGUACUUGAGUGGUUGUUUUCCCUAACCUAGAGAUACCUUUUCUUGCUGGCCGCACACCAUCUUUCCACUGAGUCAUGUGGCCCCUAACCCUUUGUAUGCCUUGUUCGCACAGGGAGGAGAGCACCAAUGGCUGGCAACGAGCUGAAGCCAUCAGGCUGGAGCAGGAUGUCUUCACAGCCCUUGCUGGGCAGGGACGCCUCUUUGCCUACAAGACGGAGGGGUUCUGGAGUCAGAUCAAAUCUGCUGGGUAAGGAGGAAGUAGAGGGAAGUACAAGCCUGGGAGGUGGUUGUAAGCCUGCCUGUGAGAUAGCCAAACAUUGAAUCAAAUUUUUCUCUGUGGAUCUGAGCUUUUCUUACCUUUAGCAGAUACACGCAUGCUUUUUUUGGAGGUGGGGAACCGUAAGAAUAUGGUGACAAUGCAAAAGCCAAAGAGAAACUCCUGAGAAUUAUUUCUUAUAUUGGGAAAUGGAUGGGUUGGGGGAGCGCUGACGAUGGACCCUGAUCACAGCCUCUCUUUCCUCCUCUGUGACUGUUGUUCUGUAGUCACAAGCCCAGGGAUGAGGAAUUUGUGGCCUUCCAGAGGUUGCUGGAUUCCAGCUCAUCCCUGAGCAUUGGCCAUUCUGGCUGAGGCUGAUGGGAGUUUGAAUCAAACAACACUGGGGCGCGGGCACAAGUCCUCCACCCUUGCUCUCAUUUGUGUGGAUCCAAACUCUAUAUUCCUCCCUCUUUCUCUUUUCUCAAGUGCUGUCCCAAAGGCUGCGGGAGGCAGGGAUCCAAACUAAUAAAUAUGUGACUCCCUGAAGCAGAACAAGUGCAAUUCUAAUUUCCUACAAUUUAGCUUUUGAGCUUAGAAUUUGUGUUUCUGUCACAUGGGUGGCCAGAGUCCAAUUUUUCAAAUGAAAGGCAAGAAAAUUUGAACUCCCUGGGAAGGUGCAGAAUUGGGUUUACAGGAGAUACUGCCAGCUGAAUGAGGCAGGAUAAAAAUGUCCAGUGCGCCAUCCCAGGAAGAAAGGAUUCUUCUUCUUUUGAUCAUAGGCUUUAUUUUUUUGGUGAGGCACUCAUUCAUUUUCCUUUGUCCUCAAGAGGACAAAGGCAUUCACGGACUUGAUGCUACAUUUGGAGGCAGGUGCCAGGUGUAAUUUCUGGCUUGUUCUCUUUGCCAGGUCUGCAAUCUAUGCCAGUCGCCUGUAUCUGAGUUGCUACAGCCAGUGUCACCCAGAAAGACUUGCCCAGAACCAACCUGGUGGACCCACCAUCCGAGGUACUGGCUCCCUCUUUCCCCAUAUGGGAGACGAAAACCACGAAUGCAUGAUGUUGGUAGGAUGAGAUAAUUCUGCUUUUGUUCCACAACAUAAAGGGGCCGUAACAUCUGAAAACAGGUUUGCUGGGUGGAGGCCAUAUCGGUGGUACAGUUUCCAAGGGGCUUGGGUCAUGCCUGCACGUCGCUAGACUCCAGCUACCAUCAGCCACAGCCAGCAUGGCUAAUGGUCAGAAAUGAUGGAAGUUGUAGUCCAACAGCUUCUAGAUGGCACCGGGUUCAGGAAGGCUGCUCCAAAGCGUGUGAUGUGCCUCCUUUAAGUGUUUAUCCUUUUUGCAUUGCUUUUGAAUAGGUUUACUAAAUUGGGAAAUGUUUGCCUGUUUUCUGUGUACUUCAUGCAACCGUCUUCAUCCAUCUUCUGGUGGCUGACUUGGAGCUCUUAGACCUGGUUUCAGAGCCUGCCAGAAUUAUACUUGAUAAAACAACAUCACAUAAUUCACAUCGAAGGCUGUGACAAAUACAAAGAACAGCAAAUCAGUGCAAUAAUACAAAGCUAAAAUUCCAAAUCCUGCAUCAAUACAUAGAAAGAUAGAUAGAGAUAGAGAGAGAGUGAGAGUCAUGUAAGUACUUCUCCAAUGACUCACCCCUCAUUGGGUUAUAUAGACCCAUCUAAAAAAAUUUGCUAUGGUAGAACCACAUCUCAAAUUUUAUGUUGUUGUUUUUGUACUGAAUGUGCUGUGUGUGGUUAUUUUAUUGUUCAUAUAGUUAUAUGUUAUGACAAAUCAGUAAAAAUUAGUAAGGAAAGAGGAGAUUGCAAGGGUACAAAGGAAGGGGCUUGAAUACAAAUUAAACAUCUGUAUCUCCACAGCAAUUUUAUCUAUCUUGCUCCUUUGUGCUUUACACUGGAAUUAUUAGAAAACCAUCAGUUUUAGCAAGAGCACUCCUUCUCUCCCCAUAAUUGUGCUUGGUGAGAGUCUUCUUUAGUUUUCAAGCUGCGCAGCUUGCAGACUUAACAUAUAGAAUAGGAGAACAAGAAGAACAUACAUUUAGAGAAAAUUGGAAAACGUUCAUUGAAUAUAUGGGGGAAAUUGUGUACACUUGAAAACGUUGGCAGCAUUAAGAUAAAUUCAACUGUGUAAAUAAGUUUUGAUGGAUGUAAUAAUGGAAUACUGAAUGGUUUAGUUUUUGUAAAAUAUGCAGGGAUUUAUUAUAUGCAAAAUGGAAAGAGAAGAAGGGAAGUCAUUGAUAUUUUAAGGAUGUUUAAAUGAGUAUUCUAAAGUGUAAAACAGAAAAUUAUAUACAUUAUAUGCUCUCAGUGUGGUGUAGUGGUUGAGAGCGGUAGUCUUGUAAUCUGGGGAACCGGGUUCGCGUCUCCGCUCCUCCACAUGCAGCUGCUGGGUGACCUUGGGCCAGUCACACUUCCUUGAAGUCUCUCAGCCCCACUCACCUCACAGAGUGUUUGUUGUGGGGGAGGAAGGGAAAGGAGAAUGUUAGCCGCUUUGAGACUCCUUAAAGGGAGUGAAAGGCGGGAUAUCAAAUCCAAACUCUUCUUCGCUCUUUAGUUUGUCCCAAGCUACUAUGGCAAGGCAGUUAUCUGUCUUUGAAAGGAGUCUCUACCCAUCUAGGCAACAGUGUGUGUUUGGGUUAUUUGCUUUACAGAGUCUGAUGUGCACAGAGGUAUUCAGCAUUGCUGCUGGAAACCUGCAUUGUUGUAGAAAAGCAGAAUCUCUGCAGUGAUGCUUUCAGAGGGGUGGCAAUGAAUCUUCUCCAUUGUGGAGUAAGGAGAAGAACUAACUCUGUUGCUGCUUCUUUUCUAUGCAGGGAAUGUUUAUAUCCAUCCUGCAGCCUCGGUGGAUCCCAGCGCCGUGGUAAGUGUAAUGGGCAAGGUGUACUCUGUGCCUGGCUCCAGCAUGUGUGGGAUAGAUUUUAAGGAGCUGUGCAUUUUGGUUUAAUCUUUGGGCCCCUGAACAUACCCCAGACUUAAGAGAGCAUACAGAUGAAGGGGGCUAUUGGCCUGCGCUGGACCACUGACCACCCUGUGCCUUUUCCCUGUAGCUAGGUCCCAAUGUGUCCAUCGGGAAGGGGGUGACGAUUGGUGCUGGCGUGCGUGUGCGUGAGUCCAUUAUUCUGCAUGGGGCUUCUCUCCAGGUAGGUAUUGCUCCGAAGAUCCAAUGGGUCAAGUUCUAAUGUCUUGCAUCACCUUAGGGGACUACUCAGACUAUUGUUCUUAGUAUAACAAAUGUGUGGUUUUAUUGCUCAUUUGUUGCUUGGGAUCGAGACACCUUUUCCACAAAGCAGAAUUCAAACAGUGGUGUUUCAUCACAGGGGAAAAAAUAACUUCCUUUCUGCUCCAGCUGGUGCUGCCUGCGGCAGCCAUGGCUGUGGUUGUAUGAGUGUUGCAGCCCACCCAUUGGAUGUUGUCUGUGACAUCACUUUGAUAGGGCUUCCUCCCCAUUGUCCAGUUGUGCCAUUUUGAUAAGAGACCCACCAUCCCUCCACUAAAUGUAGGAGUCUGCAUGAAACUGUUUAAAAUGCUUGCUUAAAAGUGACAGCUAGCAACAAGGUCCCUGCAGCGAUGCCUAGCAAUUUUAGGAACGUUUUCAUUAUUUUCUCCCCACCCCUCUGCAAACUGCACUUUUUACUUAAUUAUUUUGGCACUGCAUGUAGGCUCAGCCCACCAUCACCCAUGUUUUACACAAUGGCAGGAUCGUUGUACUACUGCUGCCGGAUUGGGGUUGGCACUUUGUAGCUCUAAUCCAGGGAUGGGGAAUCUGUGGCCAUCCAGAUGUUUUCGGGAACCCCAUCAGCCGCAGCCAGCAUGGUCAGUGGUUAGGGAUGGUGGGAGUCGUCAUCGGAGAACAUCUGGAGGGCCUCAGAAGUCACAUCUCUGAUCAAAGGCAGGAGGCUGUUUUUGGCUUAGGACAGCUCUUGCUUUGCUUCUCGUUGUUUUGCUAAUGCCCUGCAGGUGGCACUAGUGCACUGCAAAGUCUGGUAUUCCCCUGCUCGGUCUGGCCCCCACAUACGGAGGUAAUUUCAUUUAUGUAUUAUCAACGAAGACAUACAAAUGCAGCUGAAGCUGUGGAUUCAUGAGAGAUGUAAAAGAUUUGUAAAUCUGUGGUGCUGCAUCAUUUAUAAAAAAAAUUAGCAGGGCUAUUAAGAAUUUAGGAGGGGAAAUUAUUGAUACCCUAUAUCCUCCCCCUUUAUUUUCUUGGUAUGUCCCAACUCUAAAAGUACCUAGUAUCUUGAGGACUGCAGAAGUCCUGACUGAAAUUCUGAAGAGGGGUUGCUAGUCAGACAAUAGCUGGAUCAGUUGGCCUGAUGUGCUACAAGGCAGCUUUUUCCAUACAUUUCCCAUUAAAUGUGCAGUACAAUCCUAAGCAUGAAAUAUGUCCUGCUGAAUUGAAUCAGAUUUACUCCUUCGUUAAGGGCCAGAGUAGAUGAGAAGUUAAGUGUGUGUUUGCAUUUAUCAUGUGCUUAAAAAAAAGAAAAUGAAAAUAGCCAUGGGAAGGGGGUGUCAUAAUGGCUAUUGGCAUUGUGGCAGGCAGGGAAGUGGAGUUCAGCUCUUUCCCCCCCUGCUGUGGCCAUGAUGAAAAAACCCACUCUUCCACAGCUGCUCUUUGCACUGGGAGGGAAAGCGGGGCAGUUUGGGAGGUGCCAUUUCCAUCACAACCACAGCAGGGGAUGGAGAGGGUCAAACUCUCCCUCUGUCUCGAUAAACUCUGUUUUUAAAAAGUGCACAUUAAAUGCAGAGAUGCAUUUAACACCGCUUCUAAUUUGGCCCUGUGUUUCGGAGGGCAGUUUUGAUAUUUUUAUGGUGCGGCUUUUAAACGCUGAAAGUGCUCCUCCACACAUGCCUCCAGUAAUCCUUGUUUAACAGCUCUACAAAGUUCCUGAAUAAAUAGAGGAGUUGUUUGUUCUUGUAGAAAAUCAAUUGAGUCAGUAGUUGGGGUUGUUAAAAGUGGAAAAGAAAGUUUGAUGAGUGUCUGGGAAAAGCUACACUUCAGAUUUCCCCACAGUGAUCUCCACUUCCCUUUUAAGUGUUUUAUAAGCACCAUUUACGUCCUGGACUGUCUGAAGGAUUAACACCAGUCUUAGUAGCAUCCAUGGCAAGAUUGCUGAAUCCCAGGGUGAUGCCACCUGCAGCAUACGAGGAAUGCAGGAACUGUAUUAGAGCGGUUGGCUUCUCCUUUAAGUAGGAAAUGGUGGGGGACAGGAAGAAAAAGCCAGAAUUGUACAGGCUCCUUUGUCCUCUCACUUAAAGGAGAAGCUCCUGCUCUCCUUCAUCUGAUGUCACAGGUGGGUGUGAUUUGGGGGACAAUGGCCUUGUGGCCCAAAUGGGAACCCUUGGCAGGCCAGGAUUGACCCAAGGGCUGGUGGUCCCCCACCCCCAUGUUAGUGCCUCAGUUCUUUCUUUCCUAUCCCCUUUCCCCAGGACCAUACAUGUGUGCUGAACAGCAUUGUGGGCUGGGAUAGCACCAUUGGACGCUGGGCUCGUGUAGAGGGUACUCCCAGCGACCCCAACCCUAAUGAUCCCUACGCAAAGAUCGACAGCGAGACUCUCUUUCGGGAUGGCCGCCUCACCCCAUCCAUCACCAUUCUGGGUAAGCGUCUGCCCACUUUAAACUCUCUUCUUUCCCCUGUACCUCCCUGCAAUUAUUAUUAUUAUUAUUAUUAUUAUUAUUAUUAUUUAUACCCCGCUCAUCUGGCUGAGUUUCCCCAGCCACUCUGGGCGGCUCCCAAUCGAGUGUUAAAAACAAUACAGCAUUAAAUAUUAAAAGCUUCUCUAAACAGGGCUGCCUUCAGAUGUCUUUUAAAGAUAGGAUAGCUGCUUAUUUCCUUCACAUCUGAGUGCGCCACUACCGAGAAGGCCCUCUGUCUGGUUCCCUGUAACCUCACUUCUCGCAAUGAGGGAACCGCCAGAAGGCCCUCGGAGCUGGACCUCAGUGUCCGGGCUGAAUGAUGCGGGUGGAGACGCUCCUUCAGGUAUACAGGACCUGAAAGAAGAAUACUCAAAAGAAGAAUACUCUCCUGCACUUCUCUCUUUUGUGUUGGCUACAUUUUCCCUCUCACGCACCCACUUGCUGAUGCCUCUUGCUGCUCCCUCCUCGACAGGCUGCAACGUGACCAUCCCUGCCGAAGUUGUCAUCCUCAACUCCAUCGUUCUGCCCCACAAGGAACUGAGCCGCAGCUUCAAGAAUCAAAUCAUUCUCUGA